GGCCUCUCCCGCUGUCACGCGGCUCCAACCUCCGCCCGUCCCUCACCAGGGCCAGCCGCCAGGCAGGGAAGUGUCGCAAAGCCUGACAGGAAACUUUGCCGUGGGUACGACAGCGGCGGGCUCGCUUUCCGGCCACUGGAUGAGUGGAGAGUGGGAGCCGAGGAGGAGCUGAGGAGACGCUGGGGACAUGGCCGAGGUACCGCCCGGGCCGAGCAGCCUCCUCGCCCCGCCGGGGGACGCCCUCUCCCCCUUCCCCGGAGGAGGGGGGGCCGCCGCCUGCCCCGGGGCCCUGGACGAGGAGGAGGAAGAGGAGGGCGGCCAGGCGCCGCAGCCGCGAGGCGGCGGCAAGGGGGGGCCUCCGCAGCAGCACCGCCUCCUCCACCACCACCACCACCCGCCGCACCACAACCACCAGCUCAACGGCCUCCUCAGCCCCGAGCUGCGGCACCUCCGAGCCUCCCUCAAGAGCAAGAUCCUGAGCUCGGAGGGGGCCGAGGGGCCGGAGAACAAGCGAGCCGGCAAAACAGUGGGCUCCGGACAGCCGCCGGCCGCAGCCCCGUGCUCGCCCCCCGUCCCCAACCACCUCCCGGAGCCCCAGGCCAGGACUGCGCCUCCGGCAGCCACAGGGGACAGGAGCCAGCCGGCGGCCGCCACUGCAGCCCGCAAUGGACUGGCUGGGGGGCCUGGCCUGGAGGAGGGGGAUGAAGGGGAGGAGGAGGAGGAGUCUCUGCUGCUGCUCUCCACAUCCUUAGCAGCAGCCUGCAGUUUGAAAGGCUCGGGGACGGACUCUCCUCCCGAGGAGGACCUAACGAUACGAUACGUCCGGUAUGAGUCCGAGCUGCAGAUGCCCGAUAUCAUGAGACUGAUCACCAAAGAUCUGUCUGAACCCUACUCCAUUUACACGUAUAGGUAUUUUAUCCACAACUGGCCACAGCUUUGCUUUUUGGUACAAAUUUGGUUAAGAAAGCUAUUUAUGCCAUGGUUGAAGGAGAUUGUGAUGAGUCUGAGCGUAGGUGACUUCCUCCAGAUGCUUGUGAUGCAACAAUACAACAACUUUGGCUACUUGAACCUCCUAAUAUAUUUCAGAAAAGUUUUCGCUCAUGACAAGGAUUGGAAAAAUCCACAGACCUGCUCAUCACUGAAGAGUGGGAAGCUUCCCCUGAUGAGCGAGGAAGCCCAUAUCACCCAUUUCUGCAAAAUGUUGUCUUGGAAACAGAGAUCACAAACAAGUCUGCUUUGAAACUUUAUGAAAAUCUUGGUUUUGUGCGAGAUAAGAGGCUGUUCAGAUACUAUUUAAAUGGAGUUGAUGCACUGCGUCUUAAACUGUGGCUGCGUUAAAAGAAACCAUCACAUCAAUCAACUGACUUCCCAACAACACAGAGUUGUCCUUUGCAUGCAAUGCAAUUUGUACAGAAUUGCUUUGCAGGUGGACUUAGUAAUUUCCAUGCAGCUCUUAUCUGUCAGUGUCUCAUUGAGUGUCGCACAUAUUUGUUGCACUUUGGCAUGGCGCAUUUGUUCUGAAUUAAAACAGAUUGUUUCAAACUUCGAGUUCUUUUGGUACCAGCAAGAUGUGCCGGUUGAUAGCCAAGAUAUGUUCAUUCAUUUGCAAGUCUACUGACUGUAUUACAUACAUAGUGAACACUUGAUCAAAGAAACUGUAUGUGGAACACAAUGCUUGGUUCCAGAAAAAAGCCAAUAUAGAUUGUAAAAUUCUAUAAGUAUACUAACAUUUCAUACAAAACUUGCCAUAGUUUUCUGGAAAAAGGCUUCAAUUUUAGGUUUUAUUUUCAAUAUUGAAUUUUCCAUUCUUAAAUAUUGGUACCUCAGUGAUUAGUGAAUGAAAAAAAAUGUAUUGUAGGGUGGGGUGUGUGUUACAAUGAGUAACAGUAACAAUUAAAUUGCGUCUGCCAGUGCCUGUAUAGAUAAGUAUAUUUGUCUUCACCUCUAAUUUUUGAGUGCAUGCUUUUUUCUUUUACUUUUUUCAAUUGUCUUUGCAAGCAAACUUCUGCUUUUAUUUAAAUUCUGAAUUUGAUAAUAAAUUAUUUCAGAUUUUUAUAAUUUGGAUACUUCUCCCAGAAAAGGGUUUGGAAAGCCCUUCUUUUCUUAUAGCAAGAAGUGUUAAGCUAUUUUGAAAAACCUUGAGUAGCUGCUAAAAAAAGAACCUGAUGUCACCAGUAAAUCGCUGCUGCUUUUGGAUGCACUUUUUCUUUAAAAGAGGGAUUUUAAAAAAUAUAUAGAAAAUUAAUGUAAAUUGGUAUGAUUUUAUUUAAUCAAAAUUAUCUCUAGAAGGUCUGAAGAACAGCUAUUUUAAAAUAGAACAAUUUUUUCACUUUGAUUUGGAUUCAGAUUGCUUUGCUUCAGUGUUCUAAAAUGCUUCUAUCUUCGGUUCUCGAUCUUUGAAAUAAAUGUCAAGGUGUAUUGUAUCCAUUUUUAGCUGCUCUCACCUUCUCAAAACUUAUUUGAGCUAAGUUAUUGCGGGGGUUCUUCCCCCCCCCCCCUCCCCUUUAAAAUAAAUGUAGCAGGGAAGGGAUUUCCCUUUUUUAAAUGGGAUACAUAGGUCUUGCCCUAAGCCAUCAACUUGUUCAGCAGUAAUGCUGUGUUUAUGCUCUCCUGAUUGAUCAAUGUGAUAUAUGACCAAAUUUAUAAAUGGAUUGUAUUUCAUCUUGAAAAAAGGUGACAUUGGUUUAUUUAUAUAAGUGGAAGAACCUAGGCAACCCAUGAAAAAAGGAUGAACUCUCAAUGAGUCUGCUCGUCUGUACUGAGUGUAAUCUUCAGAUUUGCCUUAUUACACUGUGUUUUUAGGGUUUGGUUAGAGUCAUGUUUUUUAAUUGUUAUAAUUACUGUACAUUUAAAAACCCUACCUCCUGUAAGUUAGGAAAAGAUCCCCUUGCAGGAAAACUGGAUUUAAACGAAAGCCAGCCUUAUUUUGCACAGACAAACGUUCACAUGGUGACAGGCAUUUCUCACCAUGUACAAAUUGUGAAUUGUAUUUGAAAAUAAAGAUUUUUUUUUUUUUUAAUUAAAAUUGGCACUUGGAAGUUCUCUGGUUGUGGACACCAUUUGUGCUUUUCACUUUUUCCAUUUCUAAAAUGAAAUUAAUCCUCUAAAAUAGUGCCAGAAUAAAUGUAAACUGAAGACUCUUAUUUACAGAACAGGUAUGGUGUGGUCAGUGGCAGUGCAUGUUUCCACCAUACUACCCUGUAAUGUAAUUCAUGCUUGUUCUGAUUCAAAAACUUCUAGGGAUAAGGAUAUUGUUGACUCUGCUUAAUCAGUCAUUGCUUGGCCUCUUGUGAAUAUACUGUCAGUAGGUGCCAAUUUUAGUUAAGAUUUCAGUGAUAUGGACUUCAGUCCACUAGAAACUGAACCUUCACCACAAACUUAUUUCCCAUAGGUGUUUUGGUGUCCUAUCAAAUGGUAACUACUUUGGUUCAUUUGGCACUAAUGAUCUAGAGAGGAGAUACUUCAUGUCUGUUACCAACUGUUGGAGACUAUGUAGGGGAUCCAGUGUUGGAAAUUGCGAACCAGUCUUGCUUCGUUGUUUAAAAAACAGCAGAAGAGAAGUCCUUUGCUGGUCAAAUCUGAAAACACCUACUGUUUAAAUAUUAAAAGCAGAUUAGAACCUAGCUUACAAUAGCUCAUACAGGUUGUUGCACAAAUACCACUUUUGAGCAAAAUUCAAAUACAAUUCAGUCUAGCCGUGGCAAGAAGUGGUUCUCACCAUGCAAACUUUCAGAAUUCUGAGCAAAAUGGGGGCAACUUUCUUUUAAGAGUGCUGUCUACAAUAGUCUAAUAUUGCUACUGUAUCACACAGAGUUCACUACAGAAUAUACUGAAGCUGUACACAUUGGUAUUCAAAAAAUUGGUAUAAUCUCACUUUGUUGCAUAGGGUGGGAUGUCCUGAAUUUGCAACAAGGUGAGACUAUCACUAACAUGAAAACAGUUCAAAUAGUACUUCAAAUAGAAAGGCAUAAUCAAGGUUUCUUGGGGUUCUUUGUCUUUGUUGCCAAGACAUGCUCCCUGCCCCUUUUUGCAUUGACAAAUCUAAACUAAGGAGUUGGUAUUAAGUCACUUUUAUGUUUAACUUUAUAUUGCCUGAAAUACUACUAUUGGCUGACAUGUCAGAAAUGUGUGCAUUACAAUGCUUUAAAAAGGAAAAAAAGUUACGAUUAUCAGGUUCACCACUAAUCUAAUUGGCAUUGCAUAGCGCAUCCCAGUUUCGGUGCACUACAAGACAUCACUAAAACUGAGUGCUAAGUUACAAGGUUUUCAGGUUUUGUAGAAAUGCAACCAUAAAUUAUAUUGGAGUUCGGGGAUCAGGUGGGUAGCUAAAAAAUAUCAAGUGUAUCUCAAAAUAUUGGACUGCUGUUUUGCGUGGAUUAUGUUCUUCUGUCCUUUAUCCUUUGGCAAGAACAAGAACCAGUGAGGUUAUGGAAUGUGCAAGCUGUCUAAAUAAGAUGCAGUCAAAUAAAAUAUGGUUAAGUUGUUUAUGCA